GCGCAGGGCGACUCACCCGGCGUUUUGUGGUUUGUCGCUCGGCGCUCUAGAGUCCUACUGUAGUUCCCCUGGCUUCUCGUUGUCCGCCUCGAGCUGGGCAGGGGGGAGGGGUAGGAGUUGGGGGUUGCCGCUCCCCUUCUUCAGGCUCUCUCAAACCCCUGCCCAGGCUAAGCCUGGCGCGGUCCUACCCUCUGACCCUGCGUUGCACAAUGCCCGAGCAAAGUCUCCAGGGGUGUGAAUCCCGGCGUCCCUGCCCCUGGGCGGGGACCAGCGGCGGCCAAGUGGGGAGCCGAGGCGGCGAGCGCGCAACUGGCCUAGUCCUUGGUCCCCGACUCCUGGAGUCCCCUGGGAGCCGCCGCUACAAGCCCCCGCGCCGCUAGGCCCAGUCGCCAGGCCCGCGCCGUAGCGGCAGCCAUGGCGGAAGUUCAUAGACGUCAGCAUGCUCGGGUUAAAGGAGAAGCCCCCGCGAAAUCCUCCACACUCCGAGAUGAGGAGGAGCUGGGGAUGGCGUCGGCCGAAACGCUGACCGUGUUUCUGAAGCUGCUGGCCGCCGGCUUUUACGGCGUGAGCUCCUUCCUGAUCGUGGUGGUGAACAAGAGCGUGCUCACCAAUUACAGAUUUCCCUCGUCACUAUGUGUUGGACUUGGCCAGAUGGUGGCCACAGUGGCAGUUCUUUGGGUGGGAAAGGCGCUCAGAGUAGUCAAGUUUCCUGACCUUGACAGAAAUGUACCUCGAAAGACGUUUCCACUACCUCUACUAUAUUUUGGGAACCAAAUCACGGGACUGUUCAGCACAAAGAAACUGAACCUGCCGAUGUUUACAGUUCUGAGAAGGUUCUCCAUCCUGUUUACAAUGUUUGCUGAGGGAGUUUUACUCAAGAAGACUUUUUCUUGGGGUAUUAAAAUGACUGUAUUUGCAAUGAUUAUUGGAGCCUUUGUAGCUGCCAGUUCUGACUUGGCAUUUGAUCUGGAAGGAUAUGUUUUUAUUCUGAUAAACGAUGUCCUGACAGCAGCAAAUGGUGCAUAUGUAAAACAAAAAUUAGAUUCAAAAGAGCUGGGAAAAUAUGGACUGCUGUAUUACAAUGCACUCUUCAUGAUUCUGCCCACCCUGGCCAUUGCGUAUUUCAUAGGAGAUGUACAAAAGGCUAUGGAGUUUGAAGGCUGGGCCGACACCCUCUUUCUUCUGCAGUUCACCCUCUCCUGUGUGAUGGGGUUUAUCUUAAUGUAUGCCACAGUGCUCUGCACGCAGUAUAAUUCUGCUCUUACAACUACAAUAGUUGGAUGUAUUAAGAAUAUAUUAAUAACUUAUAUUGGAAUGGUUUUUGGUGGAGAUUAUAUUUUCACAUGGACAAACUUCAUUGGCUUGAAUAUCAGCAUUGCUGGGAGCCUGGUGUAUUCCUAUAUCACUUUCACUGAAGAGCAACUGAGCAAACAGUCAGAGGCUAGUAACAAGCUGGACGUUAAGGGGAAAGGAGCAGUGUGACCAGAGGAUUGCUUCAUCUACGUAGGCCUAAGUUUUAAUCAGCUCAGAACACUGUGGAUUCCUACACAGACACUGAGAUGUCUUGAUUAUGGAGGAAAUACCAUUCCUUUGCACUUGUACAAUCUGAGGAUUGAUUGCUGCCUUUUAAAAUUUUAUGAUGAGAGAAACUUAUAAUUGACUAUUUUAAAUACCUUGUUUGAAUUAAUUUAUAUGAGUCUGGAAAAUGUACUGGGCUUUUUAAUUUAUUUUUCUUCUAUGCCGAUGGUGAAACAUCAGUGUUUUGAAAGUAUUUUAUUUCAUAAUUUGAUAUCCAGGUGUCCCUGAGAGCUGCAUAUAUAAUGUUUUCCAACUGGAGCUUCCUCAUUCAAAUUGUUGCUGCAUCCGGAGGCAGUUUAGCCUUUCCUCUGCUGGAAAUGCAGACAAAUAUGUGAAAUUUCUCUUCUUUGAAUCUUAUUUCUUAUGAUUGCAUUGUCUUCAUUAUGUCAUCAUUGCAUUUGCCAAAGAGAACAACUUUGGCACUAUACAAAUAUGUGGGGCUUUGAAGUGUAUCACUGUCUGUGUUGGCUUCCCUGCCAUUCAUGGGAUGAGCAGAGUGCAUUCCUUGAAAAUUUGUUCUUUUUUGUUGUGUAGAAAGGGGAGAAUGAAGAGUAUGAGGAAGUAGGCCUUUUACUCAUUUAUUCAUCUGUUUGAUUUAUCACAACAUGUUGUGAGUGUAUGUGCCAGGCAUUGUGCUAAAGGCUGGGGAUACAGAGAUGUUUGUAGGUAGUUAAAACAUCUCACUCCUGCCAUAGUGACUGAGGUAAGAUUGAGAAUUUAGCUCUGUUAAUCGAUUGAGAAGACGUCACUAGCACUCAAAAGACACAAGUCUGGAAAUUGGAUUAAAAGUACCUGCCUGCCUACCCUGCAACAGCAUGAGUCCAAAUGCAAUGUGAGAUGAGGUACAAGUAAAGAGCUGCGUUUUGCAAACCAUUGUAGCUCAGCAUUGACUCCCUCUCCAAGUGAGAAUGUCAUAUGGGUAAGUCUAUUUUCCCAUGCCUCCUUCCUUUGGAUUUGAUUGCUCUUUGUAUCAAUAUGAUGAGGUCCCAUGUUUCUGAAUCUAUUGGUUUGAGGGGAAAGGCUGGUUAGACACCUUGGUAUUGUCAAGGGUUGGUUUUUCUCUGUCAGUUUCAGUGUUAGAGUGCUGUCACCUUCUUAAAUAACAUGAGCAAUGAGCAAACUUCCCUUCUUUCAACAUUCCCACCUACAUCAUAGCCCCUUGGCCGACUCACCGAGCUUGCCAACUUCUCUCAAAACCAAUGCUGCAUUUUGGGAGAGCAGUUAUAUUUGCCUAAAUUGCCUCUUGGGGUAAUCUGGAGGGUGGAGGUGUUAACUCAAUAUAAUCCUGUGACUUAACUCAGAGAUAGCCAUUGACUUUUGGGAUUUGUAUGUUUGCUCAGACCAGUUGUGCAGUGUGCAAGAGAUUAGGCACCUUUGUACUAAGGCACACACUAGCAUCUAUUUCAUUGGGUCUGGAAUCUACUGGACUCUGUUGACCUAAACAAUUAGGGUUUCAUUUUUUUUAUUUGAAAAUUUAUAUUGAGAUCAUUUUCAUAUGCCUGUCUUUCUCUUUGGUUUGUCUUUAUUAAAGCCUGGCUCGUGGUGCUGUGUUCCUAGAAUUAUGCCUGUGGCCAGCUCCCAAGUUACAAGCUCCGUUAAGAGCCUUAGACUCACUUUUUUCUAGCAUCUUCUGAUCUGAGAAAAUUCCACUGGGAGUAAAGGACAUUAUCUUGUGUCAGAUGGGUCUUACUCUCCCUAUUUUACCAAUGAGAAAACAAAACUCAGAGAAAGGUGACUUGCUAGUAUAUCAAACUCAUGUCCCCUCUAAGGGAGUAAGGAGAUAGAUGCUAGCUGAGUUCACUUGAGCUCUUUCAAAAAAGCAAGCAGUUGAUUAAAUUUGGUGUCAGAGAGGAGCAUACUUUGCAAAUCAGCAAGAGUGACAGAUUACCCUGUCCUGGAACCUUAUCUCACUUCCAAGCUGACCUUUGUUGUUAAUGCCCUUCUGGUUGUAAAUGUUGCCAGCACUUCCUGGUUUUGCCUAGGUACAGUGAAAGAGCAUAGUGAGAGCUGUUUUCAGUGAUUCUGUUCCUUCUGUCAGCAACACGAAGGAGGGAAAUUUGAGUAAUUUUCCUUCUAGAAUAUUUCUUCAUGAAAAGCUUUUGGGUAUAUUUAACAGGUGUUGGGCUAGAGCCCCACCAGGAGUUCAACUCCCUCUUGGGGGUCAGGUCCCUAGGAGAUCUGUCACCCCUUAGAAGUAUUUGAGAAAAUCAUGCGUAGUUAUAGCUUCACUAACUGGCCAUGACAGGCUUCUGUGCCUCAGGAGCCCUGGCUAAUGUGGAACCUUCUGUCUGUCCAGAGCAGUACAGAAACUUACAGCUUCUGCCCUCUCUGUGUGCUGCUUCCUGGAUGCCUCCUUCAGCUGCUAACCAGCAAUACAAGAUGGAGCAGCCUGUGCACGCUGGAGACAGAAUAGUCUUUUGGAGUUUGUAUUUUGCUUAUUGCAGGCAUGGUAUAUUAUACUGGUGAUUUACCUGGUACUGUGGCACCUCCCAGAAUGUCUGGAUUUUGCCUCAUGGUUGAUAUUUACUAGGCAGAAAUAUUUUCCUGCUAACUACCUCCUGGGAGAAACAGAGGCAAUACAGAGUUAAAUCCUUAAUUUGCUCAUUGAAACAGAUAAGCUGUCUUCCAAAUUUGUCUUCCAAAAGACAAGUUCUAUGACUAGUGGAUCCUGUUCAAUGUAAGUGAAGUCCUCUUUGACCAAUCUGCUUCUAAUCUAAUCAGUGCUAAAUGGAUUGAAGUAACCCUUGUUAGCCUGGCUACACAUUGUCAACAUGUCCUGUUGAGUUUUAAUUGCCCCAUGUGGCUGUGGAUUUUAUAAGUCAGUCCAUAUAGGCUCCAGUUUGUACCUAGUUUUAAAAAAAAGUACAUUUACAUGCUUUGGGUGGUCCUGUUGUAUCAGGAAUCCAUGGAGGGUUUUGAUCAGUAAAGCUGAUACAGGAUCCUCACGGAGAGACACUGGAGUUUCACAUUGAAUUGGUUUGAAAUGGCACCGCAGGACUUUGGGUCUGCCUUGCUUUGCUUUCAGUGGGCAAAGAUUUAGGAAAUAGUUGUUGUAUGCCAAGCAUUUUGCUAAGCACCGGAAAAAAGAUAAGGCAUGGUUCUUUCUCUCAAGGAGUGUGUAAUUAUUUAGCCAGACAUGGUAAACUGGACCUUGAGUGGGAGAACGGAGACAGAUGAAAGGAGUCAGUGAUUUUGUAAACAAGAGCUGCCUGCACAGUUAUCAGUAUCACUGAUUUUAGGGGUGCCCCACCGAGCUAAAGCAUUUUUUUAAAGUCUGAGAUGACUUUCGUAAUUCGUAUUAAUCUUCUAGCCCUUAGCAACACAGCUCUUACAAUUCUGUAAGUAGCCUAAGGCCUCCUCCACUACUGUACAUGGUCUUGCUUUUCCAAAACUAUAAUUUUGGUUCUUUCUAUGAACAUGACUGUAAUUGAUUUUUCUCUCUUUGAGGGAAAAAUAUCCAGAAUAAAUGAGAUAAUGGAUAUGAAACUAUUUAGCACAAUGCCUAGUACAUAUUAGGCACUCAGCAAAUGUGGCUACCAUGUCAUUAUUUCAUGGUGAGACACGAGGCAAAACAGGAUUCUUAAUUUAUGCUCUGUAAAUGCUAGAGGCCAGGGCAAUAUGGUAUAUCCUGAAAAACAUGACCCUGUACCUCAUUGCCUCUAGAAUCCUUAGGUAACAGUUUCUGUUCACUGUCUUUUUAAAAAAUAUCUACUGGACACAAUUGUGGCCAUUAUGUGAUGCAGGUGAUUCUACCUAUUUUUUAAAAAGAACAAAAUUGCUUUUAUAUUGUGAUGGUACAUUUCCUUUAAUAAAUAAAGUAAAGUUAUUUUCUUCUCCCUUUUCCCCCUCCCUUUUUUUUUUUUUUUUUUUUUUUUUUUUAAGAAGGGUCUUGCUCGGUUGCCCAGCCAGGCUGGAGUGUAAUGGUGUGAUGGUAUAAUCAUAGCAGCUCACCAUGGUCUCAAACUCAUAGGCUCAAAUGAUCCUCCUGCCUUAGCCUCCUAAGUAGCCAUGACUAUAGGCAUGUGCCACAUUAUGCCUGGCUCAUUUCUUUCUUUCUGCCCCCCCAAUCCUUUUUUUUUUUUUUUUUCAAUAAAGACAGGGUCUCACUGUGUUACCAGGCUGGUUUGAACCUCCUGGCCUCAAGUAAUCCUUCUGUCUCAACUUCCCAAACUGCUGGGAUUACAGGUGUGUGCCACAUGUCUGGCUAGAAAAAUUAUUUUCUAUCUUAAAAGAAGAUAAUUACAUUUUAGAAUGAUAAUUCAGUUAAAUCUUUCUCAGUUUCUCACCUUAGGAUGGCUCCUGGAAAGGCCAGCAUUCCUUUUCCCCUCUCUGAAUUGAAAGCACUUGACUCCAUGAUGUCCCUGCUUCCAGGUCUGUCUCAGUUGUCGUAUAUCUUGAGUCCCUGGCACCAUCACUGUUCUUUAAACGAAUCUUCUAGGUCUUACUUUCAGGAUGCUGCUUCACGGUAAGAGGAGAUAGUUUACAGUGUGGUCGUUUUUUUUUUUUUUUUUUUUUUUUUUAAGCUUUGUUCUUUGAAAAUACAUUUUUAAGAGAAAUCUACUGGUUAGAUUUAUUGUCUCAUAAAAAUAUUUUUAGAGAUUAUUUUUUUCACAAGUGUUUCCUUUCUCAUGCUGAUGGAUCAACUGAUUUUUGUCUACAGUUGUUAGCCUGUCACAGUAUUUUUAAAUUUUAGAAUCUAUUUACUAAAUGACCAUUUUAGUGUUAAAAAGUACUGAGGAAUUGAGGUAUGUAAAUCAGGUGACAUAAACAUGAAAAUUAUGUGCCUAAAUAUUUUUGUAAUGGUGUAAAAUAAAUACUUUUUCUUGAAAACAAGUGUUAAAAUUCCCUUGUAUCUGCAUAAUCCAGAGCCAGAAGUCUGCCCAUAUUUUAGAUGUUGGCAUUCUGUUGAUUGAGAUCCCAUAUGUAGAAAAUAAUUGUUUUUUAUACAAAUGCUUUGCAUGAAUAGUACAUAUGACUAGAUAUCCAGUGUCUUGUGGCAUACUUCUGGUGAAUGAGAAGGAAAUAAAUGCUAAAUCUUUCUGUUUUCAGGAUAUUUCAACUGUAUAAUCAGGUAUCUAAGCUUCUGAGUAGCUUUACUUAUCAAGUAGAGACAUUUUGGUACAAGCAGACUCAACAGAGGUGGAAGCACAUUAAGGUGUGUCAGAGGGAGCAGCAUAUUAAGCCUUUUUUAAAGAAAAUGAUUGUGGUAAAAUAUACAUGAAAUUUACCAUCUUUGCCAGGUUUAAGUGUACAGUUUAGUGGUGUUACAUACAUUCACAUUGUUGUUCAGCCAAUCUCCAGAACAUUUCCUUGCAGAAUUAAAACUCUAUACCCAGCUGGGCGCGGUGGCUCAAGCCUGUAAUCCCAGCACUUUGGGAGGCCGAGGCGGGUGGAUCACGAGGUCAAGAGAUCGAGACCAUCCUGGUCAACAUAGUGAAACCCCGUCUUUACUAAAAAUACAAAAAAUCAGCUGGGCAUGGUGACGUGUGCCUGUAAUCCCAGCUACUCAGGAGGCUGAGGCAGGAGAAUUGCCUGAACCCAGGAGGCGGAGGUUGCGGUGAGCCGAGAUCACACCAUUGCAUUCCAGCCUGGGUAACAAGAGCAAAACUCCGUCUCAAAAAAAAAAUAAAUAAAACUCUAUACCCAUUGAACAGAAACUUACCAUUUUCCCCUCACCUUAGUUGUUGGUAACCACCAUUCUUUAUGUUUCUAUGAAUUUGACUACUCUAGGUAUUUUAUGUAAGUGGAGUCUUACCAUAUUUGUCUUUUCGUGACUGGAUUAUUUCACAUAGCAUAAUGUCCUUCAUGUUAUUUCAUGUAGUAUGUGUCAGAAUCUUCUUCCUUUUUAAGGCUGAAUAAUAUUCCAUUGUAUAUAUACUAUUUUGUUUAUCCAGUCUUUUGUUGAUAGGUACUUGGGUUGCUUCUACCUCUUGACUCUUAUGAAUAAUCCUGCUGUGAACAUGGGUGUACAAAUACUUUUCAAGAUCCUACUCUUUUUUUAGAUGGAGUUUCACUCUUGUUGCCCAGGCUGGAAUGCAAUGGCAUCAUUUCGGCUCACUGCAACCUCUGCCUCCCAGGUUCAAGCUAUUCUCCUGCCUCAGCCUCCAGAGUAACUGAGAUUACAGGCAUGUGCCCCCAUGCCUGCCUGAUUUUUGUAUUUUUAGUAGAGAUGGGGUUUCACCAUGUUGGUCAGGCCGGUCUCGAACUCCUGACCUCAGGUGAUCCACCCGCCUUGGCCUUCCAAAGUGCUGGAAUUACAGGCAUGCCCAACGUACCCAGCCAAGAUCCCAUUUACACUUCUUUUAGGUAUGUACUCAGAAGUGAAAUUGCUGUAUCGUAUGGUAAUUCUAUUUUUAAUGUUUUUGAGAAACCACCAGACUGUUUUCCAUUAUGGCUGCACCAUUUUAGAAUCCCACCAAGAGUGCACAAGGGUUCCAGUUUCUCCCCAUUCUCACCAACGCUUGUUACUUUUUGUUUUUCAGAUUGUAGCCAUCCUAAUGGAUGUGAGGUGAUAAUCUCGUUCUGGUUUUAAUUUGUAUUUUUCUAAUGAUUAGUGAUGUUGAGCAUCUUUUCAUAUGCUUGAGGUGUUGUUGAGUUGUAAGAAUUCUUUAUAUUCUGGAUAUUAACACCCUUAGAUAUAUAUCUCUAAAGAAUUAAAUAUUAACAGCUUUCCUCUUGAUUUCUAAGAGUUUUGUAAUUUUACAUCUUAAAUUUAGAUCUUGAAUACAUUUUUGAUGUCUGUAUAUAUUGUAAAUACAUAUUGAACCCCUUUAUAUAGGAUAUCUGCAUAUGUAUACAAAUACAUCUUUAUACAUCUCUAUAUCUGAAGGGGUUAAAUAUCUAUAUCUAUAGAUAUAGAUAGAGAUAUAUAUCUAAAGGGGUAACACAGGGUCUCACUGUGUUGCCCAGGCUAGAGUGCAGUGGCAUGAUCACAGCUCACUGCAGCCUCAAUUUCCCGGGCUCAAGGAAUUCUCCAACCCUAGCCUCCUGGGUAGCAGAGUAGAGAUUCACACCACCACACCCAGCUAAUUUUUUGUAGAGAUGGUUUUGCCAUUGCUGCUUAGGCUGGGCUCAAGCAAUCUGCCUGCCUGGGCCUCCCAAAAUGCUAGGAUUCCAGGUGUGAGCUGCUGUGCCCAGCCCUCUUACAAGAUAUAUAUAUUAUUUGCGAAUACUUUCUCUUAUUCCACAGGUUACCUUUUCACUCCUUUGAUUAUAUCUGUUGAUUUUGAUGUACAGCAAAGUUCUAAAUUUUUAUGUAGUCCAGCUGUUUACUUUUGACUUUUGUUGCCUGAGCUUUUGAUGGCAUAUCCAAGAUACACUGCCAAAUCCAAUAUGAGUUUUGUAAUUUUACGUCUUAAAUUUAGAUCUUGAAUACAUUUUGAGUUAAUUUCUGUGUAUGUCAUAAAGGGUCCUAUUAUUUUGCAUGUGGAUAUUUCAUUUUCCCAACCCAUUUAUUGAAGAGAUUGUUUUUAACACAUGUGUUUUAAUCAACUUAAAAACAUCCUCUUAGAGUCUGAUUUUUUUCUGAUUUGUUAAAAUUAGAAUUAGUCUUUUUGAUAGCUUCUUAUCUCACUUGGCUUUCUUAAAGCAUAGGCUUUCGGUAUUGGUCAACUCUAUAGAUGAGGCACUGCUGAGAGAAGAAAGCACAGAGCUGGGACCAUAGUGUACCCACAGGGAGUCAGCAGUUACCAGGUACCUUCAAUUCUUCUUUCCUACAGGUCUCAUCACUUGGGGCCUAUGUAUCCAUUGUUUCAUCCAUCCAUCAAGCCAGACUGAGUUCACUAGGGCCAGUAGGCAUCCUCUCUCUAGCAGAGGCCUGGCAUCUACAGAUGAAGAUCAGAGAGGCACAUUUGCCCAGUGUGGUCAGGGAACCCGCAUUCAAACCCCAAUCAGUCUGAUUUCAAACACCUUUGCUGUUCGCCACCAUGCUAGGUUCUCAUUUCUCUUUGUCUGUAAUAGACUUGGCAGUACCAAACUCAUCACCCACUCUAGACUUGUCAAAUGUUAUUUUUCAUUCAACGUUCACCCACUGUGGAUUUAAAACUUAGCAUGAGCUGGUGGUUGAUUUAAUCUGAGGAGGCAAAGCAGCCAUUCUUUUCCUGCUGUUCUAAAGGUGCCCUCUUGUGGCAAUACCUGUUUUUGGCAGCCAAAUGAUGGAAAGCAGUUUUAAGAGGAAGGAAAAACAGUGUUUACUGAGGGCCAACUAUAUGCUUUCACCAAGUUAGGGCUAAAAUGUGCCUUUUCAUAUUUGGUCCUUCCAGCACUUCGCUGAUGCAUAAAUGGUGGCUUAAGCCAGGCUAAGAAAUUUGUUCAACUUCACUCACAUGAGAAAUGUAAACCUGGACUUUGAUUCCAAAACCCCUUUCUUUCUGAAGAAUACAUUCCAAAAACCAUCCCUUAUUGUUAGAGAAAGCAAUAAGGGGGUUUCGUCAAGAGUACUUUAUCAUAUGUGCCUGUUUAUCCUUCACAUAGUUUUUUUUUCAAUGAAUAUUUUUGAGGACAUCAUCCACAAAUAAUAACAGAAUUAUGAAAGUAUAGCUGAGAUAUGCGUAUGAAUGUAUGGGAGGAGGAAUUUCAUUCCACCUGGGAAUGGUAGGAAAGGUUUCCUUGGAAAAUGGCAUUUGAACUGAUUCCUGAGAAACAACUAGGAUUUGACUGAGAAAAUAGGUGGGGAUGGCCCUCCCAUCUUCUAGGGUCUCUGUCCUGCUCCUUGACUAGAGUGCAUGUUUCCUUGAAAUCCAUACAGUACAUGCCCUCAUCUCUAUGGGUCUUCCUUAACCAGCCUAUCUUAAAUAGGUUCCCCUGCCCUCACCACAUGUUCUCUUCUCUCCCUUGCUUCAUCUCCAUAGCACUUUAAGCUCUAUGAAGACAGAGGUUUUGGUCUGUUUUUUUUGAGCAUAGCAAGGUGGAAACCUGACCUCAUUUGCGUUUUAGGAAGAUCACACCAGCUGCAGUAUUUGGAUUGUAUACUGUAGGUCGGAGGUUGGAAAAUUCAGAUGUCUCACAGGGCCAAACGUGAAUCCACGUGAAUGCAGUUAAUAAAUACUAUAGUGAGUGGUGGGGCUUGGGGUGCAUACCUGGUCAAAGGCAUUGAAAUAAAAAACCUGCCAGCCAGACUUAGCCCACUGGCUACCAGAGUAACCAAGCUGAACAACUACAGAUCAGAUUUGCACUAUGACAGGAUCACUGGGAAUGCUGCGUGGAUGACUGUCAGGCAGGGAUCACGGAAGGACAGGACUGGAGGUGAGUGUAUCAGAUAGAGGUUGCUGUUAUACUAGUGAGAAUGAAGAGAUCCUAAAAGUACAGUUGUUUCUUCUUUCAUAGAAAAGGGAUUUCAGUUGCUUGAGGAAUUAGAAUUAACAGGUAAGAAGUCUGGUUUUUUUUUUUUAAAGUAAAGCUGUUUCUUCUUUUUUUAAUUCCUUUUGACUAAAUAUAUCUUCAGACUAUUUGAACUUUGGGAAUUUUUUUUAAUGAAGCAUUUUAUUUACUUGUUUUCAAGAAACCACCUUAAAUUCUUAAUUAAAACUUGAGGCCUAUAUUGAAAACAGGUUCUUGAUAGUUGCCAGAACAUUUGAAACACCUGUUUCCUCAAUUAAGAUUUAAAAAUUUGAUAAUCCACUGCAGGAUGAUGCUGAAUAGAUUUCUUAUUAUUAUUUUGGAUUUUCUUUUCCUUUCUUUUUUGAGACAGAGUCUUGCUCUGUCACCCAGGCUGGAGUGCAGUGGUUCGAUCUUGACUCACUGCAACCUCUGCCUCCCAGAUUCAAGAGAUUCUCUUGCCUCAGCCUCCCAAGUAGCAGGGCCUACAGGCUUGUGCCACCAUGUCCGGCUAAUUUUUCUAUUUUUAGUAGAGACAGGGUUUCGCCAUGUUGGCCGAGCUGGUCUCAAACUCCUGAUCUCAAGUGAUCUGCCCGCCUUGGCCUCCCACAAUGCUGGGAUUACAGGCAUGAGCCACUGAGCCUGGCCUGGAUUUCUUAGUAUCUUACUGUUUUCAUCAUCUUUCAGAAUUAUGAGUUCGGUUUCUCUCUGGAUCAAACUGGUGGUUCUCAGAGUGCUGUGGCGCUAAUAGUGACAAAGUAGACUUAAAAUGGCCACAGGACAUUGACAAUGAAACUAAUCAUCUUCACCGGAGUUGUUAGGUGAACGGAACUUUUCCCCAAGGAUCCACCUGUGUUAGGGCUGAGUCCAGUGCUGCACAUGGCCAUCCCAUGACCUAAUAAUGAACACCUAAGCAUGUACAUAUGCUUGCAAACCUAAAUGUUUUUAAAGCUGAUUUUGAUCUACCAAUACAAGAAUGCUGAUUGUCCUGCAUUUUAGGUAAGCCAGUAAGUUUUAACCCACUUAUCAUUUUAACUUACAAAACAUAAUGGUAUACUUUCACUUAGCCUUGAUCCUUCCCGGGUAUAAAAACAGGAACAUUUUUGAGGUGACUAACUUAUGUUUCCAAGAGUUUUCCAAAAAGGUAGUAUUUGAAGUGUAGCAAUGAAACAGAGUGCCUGCUAUACCACAGUCAAAAUACAUUUAUUGACCCAUUUGUACAUGCCACAGAUAUUUUUCUUAGCACCUUGCUUAGUGACACAUUUUAAUCCUGCAAACAAUUCUUUAAAGUGAGUCCUAGUAUCAUUUUAAAGGUGAAACAAGCAUAGGAUAGUUUCACUGUUGGACAGUGGUAUUUAUGAGACAAUCUUUGUUUAUAAAUUUACCUUUCUGUAAAACCUUUUUCUCUGAAGUCAUGGAGCUGCCUAGAACAAGGAGCAAAGUAGAUGAUGUGUGAGUAUGAAAUGUCACAGUACAUAUUAUUUUAAAUUAAAUUAUAUCUGAGUUCCCAUCUUGUCACCUAUCAGGAAAUUCAGUCCCAGUUCUUCGCUAGUUACACAAGAUCCAGGGGAAUUGCCUGUGCAUAGAAGAUAGAAGAGGGACCCUCUUUGUCUUCAGUCCAUGAUGGUCACUGCAGAACUCCUUAGUAACCAACUCUAAGGUGUCCUUUGAAGGCAGAUGGUACAACAGAUUGCAAACUUUGCCCUGGUAAUAGUUUCUACUAAUGGAAGUUCCAGCCUAGAGUCCAACCUGUUUUGUACUCCAUAUAGUCAUUCCUCUGAUGUCUUUCUAGAGAAUGAAGCUCACAUUCCUACUAUUCUCAGAGCCUAUUAACAUCUUUUUUCCAACUGAGGGAAUUUCUCUUUCCUAGAAUUUAGAGUUGUGGGAAAAAGCUAGGAGAAAAUUUGUUUGCAAGUAACAUGUUUUCUAUUCUACAACACACAUCUUCCCUAAACACAAAGACCUGACUUAGAAAAUAGAUAAACAAAAUCCAGAUCAUUGGAAAAGAGCAAGUCUUAGAAUUUCUCUAGGUAGCUCAGUUUUAUUUGUAAAUUGGGGGUAAUAACAUUGUGAAGAUUCGUUUAUAAUUAGUGCAGUGCUUUUAACAGCAAUCACUUAACAAAAACAGUAGAUAAUAUUUGCAAUAGGCUUGUUUUAUUUGCCUAUUUCUCUGUGACUAGCCUAUUUUCCUUUUGAGGAAAUGCCUCUCCCCCAACUGUUAUAGCCAAAUAAACCCAAAGGGUGCUGCCAUCUUAUGAUGAAGACCUACUUGCCUAACUGCAACGACAAGUUGAGUAAAGGGUAGCUAAUAGUAUCCUACUUCCCUGGCCAUAGGGACUGACUGGACAAGGGUUAAGCCCAUGUCUCUAGCCAUGAAUACAUGUAAGCCAUUAAGUGCCAUGAAGGAAGAGGAUACAGGGAUCCGAUCUUGUCAAAGAAGCUGUUGUUAAAUGGAGGAACAGUAUGAGUUUAAAGUUGUUAACCUUGGACAAAUCAUUAUUCCAGUUUUGGACUUCAAUUUUCCCUUCUGUAAGACAAGAGGACUGAGGGAGAGAUUCCAGAGGGACCACAUCUGGGCUUUGGCAGCCUAUCCUCACUCACCUGCUUCAUUUACAGACAUCCAGUUGCUCUACAGAAGGCCCAGAGUGUGCAAGGUUCUGUUGUAGCUGCUGUACGGGUUAGAAUACACCUGCUAAUUUGUCUCUUUAGCAGUUAUGUAAAAGUAAAGGCAGUUGGGACCAGCUGCUAAGUGAGUACCAGCAAAAAUUUGCAAGCCGCUAUAAGUUUGCAAUUCUGAAAUCCACAGGACUCUGAAAACCAAGCUUUUUCUUGUCUAUUGCAAAACUAAUUUGGCUAUAAAAUAUGACCUGAAAUUCAUGUGAACACAUUUUACUGUGGCCAUUAUUUUCAGCCAUAGAUUUCUUUCGAGAACAUGCUAUGGAUGUUUUAUGAAUUACUGCUGGCCACAAGGCUUUUGGAUAAGGGAUUGUAGAUGUAUAUAAUUACCUACCUACCUGGUCAUUAGCUAGUACUCUCUAGGGACAAAAUAUUUUACCUACGUGUGAUCUCAUUUAUAUUCUCAACAAACCUAUUGGCACAUUGGUUAUCAUCCUUAUUUUACAGAUGGCCAGUUUAGGGGUUUUGCUUGCCGCAGAUUAUACAGCAGGGGCCAGAUGAAGAGAAGAAAUCUUGAAACAUGACCAAAUUUGGAUGAGUGGAUAUGGAAAAAGGCGGUAUAUUUAAAAAGCUGUAAAUAUUUUGAAUGGGAGGAUUCUGAAUAAAGUAAUAUUUUAGGCUA